CUUUUGGAGGAGAGAAGUGGAAGACCAACGUCCUGCUGACAGCCUUCCUCUGCCCUGGGGUGGUGUUUGCAGAUUUCUUUGUAAUGAACCUGAUCCUUUGGGGGGAAGGGUCUUCAGCAGCCAUGCCAUUUGGGACCCUGGUAGCCAUAUUGGCUCUUUGGUUCUGUAUCUCAGUGCCACUCACAUUUCUAGGCGCAUACUUUGGCUUCAAGAAGGCAGGUAUUGAACACCCCGUGCGGACCAAUCAGAUUCCUCGUCAGGUCCCAGAGCAGUCCUUCUACACGAAGCCUCUCCCUGGUAUCAUCAUGGGGGGCAUCCUGCCUUUUGGAUGUAUAUUUAUUCAGCUCUUCUUCAUACUAAACUCCAUAUGGUCCCAUCAGAUGUACUACAUGUUCGGCUUCCUCUUCCUCGUCUUCAUCAUCCUGGUCAUCACCUGCUCUGAGGCCACCAUCCUGCUCUGCUACUUCCACCUCUGUGCUGAGGUGAGCUGCAGAUCAAUGACACACAGAAAUAUCAUUAUCAUCUUCAGGGAUGAUAUUAAUACUGAUGUUUGUUUAAAAAAAUCUAUUGAGUUUAAAUGUCACCAGUGUUUUAUUACAAUCAUGGAAUGA